GCCAACUUCAAAAGCCUCUCUGCCUGCCCCUCAGCCCUGUCCAAGGAAGCCCCAUCAACCGGUGGAGGACCUGGUGUGGCUGCCAGUUGCUUUGCUUCACUGGCCACCAGAGGACCCCAGGACCAUGUGUGUGGCCUGCUGGAGGGAGUGAGGGAGGGCCAGACCCUGAGAGGCCUAUGGUGUGCCCCAGGCCCACUCUCUGUGCACUACUACUGCUGGUGUGUCUGGGGUCUGCUCUGGGCUGGGCUGGGCCCCAUUCCUGCAGCAUCCAUGAGCUACUCCGCCACUAUCAAGCCAUCAUCUUCCAGGACUUGCAGGCUGCCAUGCGGUGGGCAGGGACUGAAGCCCAUCGUAUAGAGCCAGGCCCAGUACACCACCACUUCAUUCAGAAAAACCUGACUGGAGCUGGUGGAGGGCAGGGAUGGCUUCAGGCCUCCUGUGAUGCCCAGAAGAAGCGCAGUAUCUUAUUGUCCAUUGAGUCCUUGGGCCAGACCCUUUGUGGGAACAAGGCUGGGGUCCCCCGCAAUGCCCUGGAGAAAGCAGCAUGGACUGUGGCAGUGCGCACUGAGGCGGUGAUGCUCAGACACUGUCGGACAUCCCGAAAGCAGAUUUCACGGCCCAGGACUAACCCUGUACAGCAUCGCAUUGGCAGGAAGCGUCUCCUGCUACGUGCCCUGUAUUCUGUCGCCACCUGCUGGGAGAAGCUUUUCGCUCUGCAUGCCAUGGCCACCAGAGGAUUCUAGCACCGUCCUCCCCGAUCCCACCUCAGGAGACUGGGAACAAACUGUGUUUGGUUCAUGUUCUGAUGGCGGCCCCUCCCUUGUCUCUGCUCACACUCAAGGGCCCAGGAUUUGGAGGAGAUAGCACCCUUCUCCGUGGCUGUCUCCUAGAGUGUCCA